UAAAUGAUAGAGGAUACAAUGACUUUGCUGUCUCUGCUGGGUCGCAUCAUGCGCUACUUCUUGCUGAGACCCGAGACGCUCUUCCUGCUGUGCAUCAGCUUGGCGCUGUGGAGUUACUUCUUCCACACGGACGAGGUGAAGACCAUCGUCAAGUCCAGCCGGGACGCCGUGAAGAUGGUGAAGGGCAAGGUCGCAGAGAUCAUGCAGAACGAUCGGCUCGGGGGGCUCGACGUCUUGGAGGCCGAGUUUUCCAAGACCUGGGAGUUCAAGAGCCACAACGUGGCGGUGUAUUCCAUCCAGGGCCGGAGAGACCACAUGGAGGACCGAUUCGAAGUUCUGACGGACCUAGCCAACAAGACGCACCCGUCCAUCUUCGGGAUCUUCGACGGUCACGGGGGCGAGACUGCAGCUGAAUAUGUAAAAUCUCGACUCCCAGAGGCCCUUAAACAGCAUCUACAGGACUACGAGAAAGACAAAGAAAAUAGUGUUUUGUCUUAUCAGACCAUCCUUGAACAGCAGAUUUUGUCGAUUGACCGAGAAAUGCUAGAAAAAUUGACUGUAUCCUAUGAUGAAGCAGGUACCACUUGCUUGAUUGCUCUGCUGUCAGAUAAAGACCUCACGGUGGCCAACGUGGGUGACUCCCGGGGGGUCCUAUGUGACAAGGACGGGAAUGCCAUCCCCUUGUCUCAUGAUCACAAGCCUUACCAACUGAAGGAAAGAAAGAGGAUCAAGAGAGCGGGUGGUUUCAUCAGUUUCAAUGGCUCCUGGAGGGUCCAGGGCAUCCUGGCCAUGUCUCGAUCCCUGGGGGAUUAUCCGCUGAAAAAUCUCAACGUGGUCAUCCCAGACCCAGACAUCCUGACCUUCGACCUGGACAAGCUCCAGCCCGAGUUCAUGAUCUUGGCAUCGGAUGGCCUCUGGGAUGCUUUCAGCAAUGAAGAAGCUGUUCGGUUCAUCAAGGAGCGCUUGGAUGAACCUCACUUUGGGGCCAAGAGCAUAGUUUUACAGUCAUUUUACAGAGGCUGCCCUGACAACAUAACAGUCAUGGUGGUGAAGUUCAGGAAUAGCAGCAAAACAGAAGAGCAGUGAGCCCUUCAGGGCUCAGCUGCCGUAGACUAAAGGACUUUCAACACACUGGUCUCUUUUAAUGUCGUGCAGCUGUGGAAGUUACAGUUAGGAUCCCCCAUCCCAGACGUGGGAUGCCCCCUCCCUGGCGGUCUUAGGUCUGUAUCCAGUGACGAGGAAAAGAGGGCCGAUGUUGAGAGGCUGGAAGAUAGUUUUUUCAUGUUUCCCGAUUCUUUCAUCCAACGUUCAAAAUGUACAAAUAUCUAGUCGUAGAGUCACAUGUAUGAUGUGAAUGGCAUAUGUGCCAUGUGUUCUCCCUUUUAAGGUUCUUUUCAAGAUUUCAAGAUCCCUUACAGGGCCCUCCAGGCAUCAGACUUUAGAGCAGUGAGCAGGGCAGGCCGCCCAGAGCUGCAGGAGACAGGCCCUGGCGUCCCCUGCGCGUCAGGGUGGCAGUUCUCUUACUGAGGGCAGAGCUGCCCUGAGAAGGCUUUACCCUCCUGCGCCCAGGUUUUCCACUCCGCAGCAGCCCAGAAACCGAUUUGGAGUGGUUUGCUGUUCCGUGGCUGCUCUUGGAAACGGAGGGAAGAAGAGACUGCAGCGGCUACACAGCAGAAGUAACCUUUUCCCUCCUCCCUUUAUUCCUUAUAUAGACUUGUGUACCCUCUAGCCGGUCUUUGUGCCAGUCUUUGUGCACUUAUCCUAAUCCUGCAUGACCUUAACCUUUUGCUUACACCUUACUGUAUGUAAUAGGCAGCUGUUAAACUUCACAACUGGAAGCCACAUUUUUUUUUGUCUUUUGUCACCAAGAAACCUAUUAAGGGAAGUCAGAAAAGCAAAUCACAGUUAUCAUAAUUCCUUCCAUCUUUAAGGGUAGAUAGGGGGCGGGGGGAAUAAUGGCUGAAUAAGUCACAGAGCCCCCUUGGGAAGUUGCUUGUUUGCAUUGGGAGAGAAAGUUGGGGAGGUUACUACCCUGAAUUGAGCUCCAGCUGCCAGUUUUAUGCCCUUCCCCUCUUCUCCUAUCCUGGUAGCUUUCAAGUAUCUUUCAAGGAGUGUUCUGAGAAGCAGCAGAACUGCAUGAGUAUUUCUCGAAACCCAGGCCAGAGUUCCCACCCACAUUUUGGAGUUUGGUGGUAAAUUGCGGGAUGCGCUUCUCCAUGACUGUGGAGAAGCAGGUAGCUUCCCCAGGCCAACCAUUCAGUGACCACAAAGCGGGUUGGGAAUUCAAGCUCAAACCGGUAUUGUAAGGCAGCCCAGAGUUAUUCUGGGGCCAGGCUUGCUGCUCUCUGUUUCCUAUUACCAAAGUCACAUUUCCAAUCUCAGUAUUUUAUAAGUUAAUUGACAGAAAAUGCUCAGGCAUCCUGUUUGCCUGACGGCGGUGGCUCAAGCAGCCAAACAGGAUUUUCCGUGCGUUCCCAGCCCUGUGUCUGAAAUGCCAGGGUGUCCACCUGGCUCUGUUCUUUCUGAGUCGGCAUUUGUCAUUAUAGCUUCUCAAAGGCCCCAUUCGCUUUCCGCAGCUGGGGAGCUUUUCUGAAGCAGGUUCCAGAGAGAACCCGGGAGGAUGAAGAGUCCCUCGUGGUCACCAAGGACUGCAGUCUGUCGAUUCCUCCCAGCACUUACCUUUUUUUGACUCCAAUGAGAAUGAAUAACAGUAUCCCAAGAGCUUUGAUUAUUUUCGUAAACUGUGACUUUAGAAUUCCAACAUUAGGAUUAGAACCUUAAUAAUUUUUUUAGCCAUAGAAUGUUCUAGUACAAAACACCUACCACCAUGUAGACUAAGCUCUUUGCCUAAUUAAGAGGCACUGAACAGUUGGAUGUGUGUAUUUGGGGUGGGGGUCAGGAGAGGAAUGUGGAGAACACACUGACUGUGGUCACUGUGGGAUGAUCAGGCCAGGUGGCCUGAGUUUGCCUGAAGAUUUAGGAUAAUCUAACUCCAGAAAGUUACCAAAGCCCAUCAUCCAACUCAAGUUCAAGAAUAAGCUCUUUAAUUUUACGGUACACAGUCAAUUUUCCUUUUUUAUUUUUAACUCCAAAAUUCAUAAUCACAAGGGAAGAGGUUUUUAAAUGCCAUGAUCGUCGUUGUUGUCCAAAAUUAAAAUAGUAUGGUUUUGGUGAAGAUGAAAAAGAAAAGCUACUAAGUUAAAUUAGUAAGUUAGUGUUGUUUGCUGCAGAACAUCUCAGUAGGUGGUGCUGAGGGCAGGAGUGCAUGACUGUCCCCCUAGCUGAGGUUCACACGGCAUCUUGUACGUUUUGCUUUGUAGAAUUAAUUCAUUUCUGACUUUAACCACGUAGUAUGUGUAUUUCCUAUUCCCUUUUUUCCUCUCAUUUUGGCUUGUAAUAUAGAUUUUUAAAAGAUAGAAAUUCUAGGCAGAAUAGUAGCACUUUGGUUAAUACCUAUGUCUACAAAAUACUACAAUCAGAGUAUUUUGCUCCCUUCCCCUGUCCUGGAGCUCGCUCUCUCUGACCCUCCUCCAGCUGUUGGGGGUCUACAGACUCACCCUCUGGGUGCCCUGUGGCUCCUGGCUGCUCCCUUCUUCUAGGGACAGGGAAGGUUGAAUGUAGCCACUAGGGAAACUGAGUUGAGGAGUUUGCAUGUGAAGCCUCCCUAAACAGCACUGCCAAAGCUUUGGAUUGUCGCCGAGGCUGCCCAGACUCCCCAGCCCGAGUUCACCUUGCCAAUAGCUCCCACGGUGCCAAAUCUGGGAUGGUUUUUCAGUCCUUUGGAAAUGAAGCUGGGAACGAAUGACCACAUGCCAUGAGCCCCCAGCAAGAUGCCAAGCCCAGGCCUCCUCCAUGCGCUGCUCUGCUACUUACCGCUCCACUGGCCAUUCUUAAAAUGGAUUGGGAUUUGGAGGGGAGGGCAGGGGGUGUUAAGGAAGGGAAAUUUUAAAAAAAAUCAUUGUAUUUGCAAUUCUCUAAUCAAUGGAAUAAAUGAUACUUACAUAGAAAAUUCCAAAGCCAGUUCCCAAGACCUGCAUUUAUUUAAUGUGACCCAUUAGCCCAACUCUGAAGUUGUAGUUCUCAUGCACAUAUGUACACAUUACUGGUUACCAGUGGCCUCUUGAAUCUUGUCUAUGUAAUACUCUUAUUUCAGAGUGUUUUAUAGAGUGAAGGGGCAUAUGCAAUCUGGAUAAGUUAAAACAGGCCUUAUUUCAUACAACUUGAACGAUGUCAACCCAUGUGCAUUUUGUGCAAACAGGAUUGCAUGAGAGUGAUGACAUCAUCAUUUCAAUCCUAAAGUAAUUUUAGGAGAUUGAUUACACUAUUGAAUUGGGAUAUCUAUAUCACUGGGCUAUCUGACAAUACACAAGGGAUUCAGAAAGGCAGUGAUCACUUUUUCUUUACCAGGCAAACCUUGAUUUCCUCCCACCCCCGAGUUGUUUUCAGGCCAAACUCUUAAAUCUGAAUCAAUGCAGAAGGUUUAGAAAGCGCAACAUUUCAUUGUACAUUUCAAAGUAUAGUAAUACAUACUCUGGGUAAACAGUUUCCAAUGAUUUCAGAUUUUUUUCCCUCCUUUUGACCCAUCUCUAGACUGAUCUUUCCUUAUUAUGCCCCCCAAAUUGCCUUAGCUCAUCACUCCAGCAUUCCUGACCCAGAAAUGACAUGCCUGCUAGAUAUCACACUGGGGCCUAUUUAACUGCCUCUAGAUUAAAUCAUUGAUAUCUAGACUUUUGAGCUAGUUAGCUGCAUACCACCAGAGUAAUAGAAUCUCAGUAUCUCCCAAAGUGAGUUCCACAGAACUUUAAAUGUCCUACAGAAGGGAAGAAGCACACCACGGAUGUAAUUUCAGUUAGGGUAGUAUUUUCCAGAUUAAUCUGACCACAGAAGCUUUUUUUGAGUAAAACUUAGUAACAUUCCAAGGAGCUCAUGUUCCAUAGGACCCACUUUGGGAAAUUUUGUUAAAUGGAAAUAUUACUGUUUUUUCAUCCACUGUGAUAUGACUCUUUGUAGUUGUAGUACAAUUUGUAAUUUAGAAGCACCAAUCCUUUCAAGUAAGAGGCUGAGCUGUUCAUGAAAGCAGUUUUAAGAAAUAGCAUCCUUUACUGUGACCAUCAGCAGCCUCGCAUGGACAGUAGAAGCUCAACAAUCCUACCUGAAGCCCCAACCAUUGUCUCCCUCUUCAAUGUGAAUACUCAGCAAGAGUCUUUGCCAUCCAGAGUGAAUCAAAAUAAAUAUUUUUACAUUUCAUCACUAUUGAGAGUAAAAAAAAAAUCUAUCAUAAUAAAAGUGUAAUAUGCUAAUUAGACCAGACAUCCUUCUGGGACGAAGCCGGGCCUGCAGCUGCGGGAUUGAGACAGCCGCCCUGUGGCUGCAAGGGAGGCAGCCACGGCUGUGAAGGCCUACUCUUGCAGGAAUUUCGUGCACCGGGCCUCUAGUUUAAAAUAGUAGAAAAUGAGGGAAAAAUUAUAAACUGUUAACACUGUCCUCUGUUCUUCUUUCCAGAUUCAGUGAAAUAAUUUGAAAUCACAGCUCAUUUGUUCUAAAAUCCCUGUCCCAUGUUGUCCCACCCUUCACAUUUUCUAUACAGAAUUAAGUUUGGUGAGUUAUCUCUUGCCUAAAAUGUCAGGUUUAUUGUCACUCUCGACCUGGACAAUGGGUUCUGGAAACUCUGAGAGAUAAUCUCAAAAUAACAGAUAAGACAAAUCUAGUCAAAAACAUGGUACAAACUGAAUUUAGGGAAAAAUCAUUAACCUAAAAUCACAUCCAAUAUUUAGGAAUACACUUGCCCUCUGGACGUUACCCAAAAUAGUAAAGAACUGAAAAUAAAAUCACUUAGAUCAAGAGGAAGAUUACAAAGGGCAGGUGACAGUCGAGACUCUAAUGCUUCCAUUAGACAUGUGCUUCUCCACAUGUUCUAAUAUGGAAAAGUUUUGAUUCUUAAUAAUGUGGAUGCUUUGUCCGUUUUUAAUUUUUCCCACUGUGAAGCUGAAAACUGUUUAACCAAGGGAUGAUUAUGACAAUGUUUAUGUGUUUAGUAACAAACAAAACACACCAUCAUCUGUACAAUCACCUUAAUAAAUCCAAGGUGAGGACUUUGAAGAGAGCAGGUAGUAAAUGUUGAUUUUAACAAAGCAUCACAGGCAUUUUCACAAUUCAAAACUCUGCCCCAAAGCAAGCAAGCAAGCAGCCAGCAAAUAUGUAGAUUAUAUUUAGAGGUGUGGUUCCAUUUAUUCUAAAAAUCCUAUAAUCUGGCCUCUGACAUUUGCCAGAUCCAAAUUAAUCUCAAAAACCUCCAGCGACCGGAGUCCCUAGCUCUGAGCAAAGCAGCUUACUGUAAAGGCCUGGGAGCAGAUUGUGGCUGGGCCUGUGAGGGGGCAGGACAACCUCGCUGGGUCACUGGCUGCCUCUGUAGGAGACGGACCGUGUCAUGAAGAAAUUCAGAGGUUAAAUGUGAUAUCAUGCGUUAGUAUCCCCACCUAUUUCUAGAUUAAUUAGAUAAUGCAUAAUUUAAAAUGUGUUGAUUCAGAAGCAAAGGUAGAAUAGUCAAGGAAUUAGGGGUAAAAAAA